ACACCGCACACUGUCUCUGAUCCAGCCAGUUCUCGGGAGGAAGACAGAUUCCAGAACAGCAGCAUGAGCGACACACUGAGGGAGUCCUUGUUGGUGAAGCUCGGCCAGCUUCAGUGCCACUUCACGUGGGGCCCACAGAUGGACAUCGUCGACCUGGACGACGUGAAGCAGAAGUUGCAGGAUUCGAUUAUCAUCGGCGGGAAUCACCAAGGCGUGCCGCACAACCAGCUGGCUUACAUCAACUACCUGCAGGGCAACUACGAAGAAGCUCUCCGUGACUUAGAGGAGGCGGAGAGACGUCUGAGGGAGAUCCACGGGGAUGGAUUUGAGAGGAGGAGCAUCGUCACCCAUGGCAACCGGGCCUGGUUGCAUUACCACAUGGGGCAACUCAACGAGGCCCAGUCCUACCUCGACAAGCUGGAGGUGAUGUGUGGCCCCCUCACACAGGGCCCGCACGUCACGGCAAUGGUGCCCGAGGUGUUGGGGGAGAAGGGGUGGUCUUUGCUGAUCUCCUGCUCUCAGUGCUACGAGGAGGCGAAGGAAUGUUUCGCCAAGACUCUGGAGGAAGAUCCCGACAACACGGAGUGGAACAUGGGCUACGCCACCGCUCUGUACCGUCUGGAAUCGAUUUCCAGGAUCCCGGAAAAUCCCGAAGUGAGUCAGUCGGUGAGACAGCUGAGACGGGUGCUGGAGCUCGAUCCGGGUGAAUCUGUGGCCAGGGUGAUGCUGGCCCUCAGGCUCCAAGAGUUCCAGCAAAUGGCAGAAGCGAAUGAAUUGGUUGAAGAAGCGUUGCGGACAAGCCCAGAUUCUCCAUAUGUGCUCCGCUAUGCAGCAAAGUUUUACAGAACAGAGUGCAAUGUUGAUAAAGCGAUAGAGAUGUUGAAGAAAGCCUUAGAAUUCACUCCGCGCUCUUCCUUCUUGCACCAUCAAAUGGGCAUGUGUUACAGAGAAAAGCUAAUGGCUCUGCGUAAAAAUCAAGGCAUUGCAGACCCAGGCGUGAAGGCCGAGUUGAUCGGCCAUUGCAAGCACCAUUUUGGAACGGCAUUUGAACUGGAGCCAUCGUUUAUUCUUGCACAGCUGGAUUUUGCCAGCAUCUGCUUAAUGAAUGGUGAAUCAGACAGGGCGGUGAAGAUAUACAACGACCUCCAGAGUUUAGAGGAUAUUGCUCCAGAUAGAAAGCAGGCAAUUGAGAUACAGCUUGGAUUCUAUGAACUGAAUUACACCAAAUCUGAAUCAAACGCCAGCCACCAUUUUAUGGAAGGCCUUAAAAUCCGGCGCGGCACGAAAUAUUGGAAAAUUUGUUACACUAAGUUGGAGCAGAUUGCAAGAAGGCAAAUUACCAGGAACCCGUACAACAGCAGAGCCUGGGGUAUCCUGGGGUUUCUUCACCGAGAAGCCGGGGAGAAUUCUGAAGCUGUUGAAUGCUAUGAAAAGGCCUUGCGGUGGGAUCGUGGCAACAAAGAAUAUCUCAGCGUUCUUCGUGAAUUGCGCCCUUCUACUUAGGCUGGAGAUACCAGGACCAGGAGGUAAGGGCGAGAAAGGUCCUUCCUCAACCAUUCCUCACUAGAACAUAGAACGUAACACAGUACAGCGCAGGAACAGGCCCUUCGGCCCACGGUGUCUGUGCAGAACACGAUGCCAAGACCAAAUCCUAUCUGCCACCAUUCCCUGUAUAUCCAUCGGCCAAUCCAAAAGUCUGUCAAAUGCCACAAUCGUGCCUCAACCACCACUCACGGCAGCAAGUUCCGGGCGCACACAGCCCUCUGUGUAAAAAAAACAUGCCCCGCACAUCUCCUGUAGCUAAUACCCUCUAGUCCAGGCACCUCCUCUGCACCCUUUCCAAAGCCUCCACAUCCUUACAGCAAUGGGGCGCCCUGAACUACAUGUGAUACUCCAAAUUAACUCCAAAUAACCAAAGUCCGAUAAAGCUGCAUCGUGACUCCCUGACUGAUACAAAAGUUCGUGGUUUUGCAGAUAGUGAAGAUGGUUGUGAAAGAUUUCAGCAGGAUCUGGAUCCAGUGGCCAGUUGGGCGGAGGAAUAGUUGAUGGCAUUUAACACAGAGAAGUGUGAGGUGUUGCAUUUUGGGACGUCGAACAAGGGCAGGACCUACACAGCAAAUGUUAGGCCUCUGGGUAGUGUUGUAGAGCAGAGGGAUCUCAGAGUACAGGUGCAAGGUUCCUUGAGGGUCGAGUCGCAGGUAGAUUAGGUGGUCAAAAACGCUUUGGGCACUUUGAACUUCAUAGAAACAUAGAAAAUAAGUGCAGGAGUAGGCCAUUCGGCCCUUCGAGCCUGCACCCCCAUUCAAUAUGAUCAUGGCUGAUCAUCCAACUCAGUAUCCUGUACCUACCUUCUCUCCAUACCCCCUGAUCCCUUUAGCCACAAGGGCCACAUCUAACUCCCUCUUAAAUAUAGCCAAUGAACUGGCCUCAACUACCUUCUGUGGCAGAGAGUUCCAGAGAUUCACCACUCUCUGUGUGAAAAAUGUUUUUCUCAUUAGUCAGAGUAUAGAAGUUGGGAGGUCAUGUUGCAGUUAUAUAAGACGUUGGUGAGACCGCAUUUAGAAUAUUGUGUUCAGGUCUGGGCACCAAGUUACAGGAUAGAUAUUGUCAAGCUUGAAAGGGUUCAGAAAAGAUUCACGAGGAUGUUGCUAGGACUAGAGGGUGUGAGCUAUAGGGAGAGGUUGAGUAGGCUGGGUCUCUACUCCAUGGACGCAGGAGGAUGAGGAGAGAUCUUAUCGGGUUAUACAAAAUCAUGAGAGGAAUAGAUCGGGUAGAUGCACAGAGUCGUUUGCCCAGAGUAGGAGAAUCGAGGAGCAGGGGACAUAGGUUCAAGGUGAAGGGGAAAAGAGUUAAUAGGAAUCCGAGGGGUAACUUUUUCACACAAAGGGUGGUGGGUGUAUGGAACAUGCUGCCAGAGGAAUUAGUUGAGGCUGGGACUAUCCCAUCGUUUACGAAACAGUUAGACAGGUACAUGGAUAGGACAGGUUUGGAGGGAUAUGGACUAAGCAGAGGCAAGUGGGACUAGUUUAGACAUUGUUGAGUGGUGUUGGUGACUUGGUCCGAAGGGCCCCACACUGUAUCACUCCAUGACUAUGAAUCUAUGACAUAUUCAAUGCUUGGACCUAUGAAGGCAAGCAUAGUAUACGGUGACAGACACAAAUAGCUGAAGUAACUCAGCGGGUCAGGCAGCAUCUCUGGAGAAAAUUAAUAGGUGACAUUUAGGCAAAGUCCCUUCUUCAGACCCCAAACGUCACCUAUUCCUUCUCUCCAGAGAUGCUGCCUGACCCGCUGAGUCACCCCAGACUUUUGUAUCCAUCCUCGGUGUAAACCAGCAUCUGCACUUUCCUUCCUCAUCUUACCGUACGCCUUCUUCACCACUCGAUCUACUUGUGCGGCCACUUUCAGGGCGUUGUGGAGUUGGAUGCCAUGAUUAUUACAGAGUCUGACCAAGCUUGUGUGCGGUGCCUUAAUGGAGACACUUGAAUUGACAUUUUGUUGAUGAUCUUCUGCAGGUUUGGUGCCCGUUUCUCUGACUGAUCUACAGUGAUCCCAUCUCUCAACAAACCUUCACAUUCAACCAGAGGUGGAUCAGAGCUGCGUUGUGGAGGAUGUGACGCCAUUUCACGUGCGUCCGAUGCGAUGGUCAGAAUAGAGGCACCAGCAGUGAUUUCCCAGCCCGUUACUCAAUGGUCACAAAUUCACCUGGACGUUAAUUGUUUGUCCACUAAAUUCUGGAGUUAAAAGUUUAGGAUUAAGUUUAUUGUUGCCACGUGUACUAAGAUACACUGAAAAGCUUUGUUUUGCUUCCUAUCCAAACGGAGCAGAGAAUACUGUACAUAAGUACAGACGUUAAACUCAAGUACAAUAGAUAGAGCAAAGGGGAGAUUAGUUCAGUUUAGUUCAUGGUCACGUGUACUGUUAAAGAUACAAGAUACAACAAGAUACAAGAUACAAGAUACAUUUAAUUGUCAUUUGGACCCCUUGAGGUCCAAACGAAAUGCCGUUUCUGCAGCCAUACAUUACAAACAAAUGUAACCAAGACACAACAUAAUUU